AAAUUCAAUCUUUUUGUAAAUUUUUGGUUUUCUGACCGUAGGUCAUUGUGUGGACAAUGUGUUCUUUAGAGAAUUCUUUUUAGCGCCGUCAGAGAUAGCGUUUAACUCGAAAAUUAAUAAUGAUUAAAUUUUUUCCUUAAAUAUUUUACUGUAUAUUCUUAAAAUAUGUAUAAACAUACCCUUACAAUUUUAAAACAAGUGGUAGUCUUUUUUUAAUUCCGGAAAGUCACCUGCUUUUGUUUGUCACAUUAGGUAUGCUUCUUAAAUUUUUUGGACUAACAUUUGGAUGUAACAAAUAAACUACAUUUAGCUAAUAUAAUCGAUUUUUUUUUUAAACUAUGUAUGGUAUAUGAAAAACAUAUACUUAGUACAUAGGAUUCUACGUAAGAACAUAAGUAUGUACUUGUGCUCGUAGGUGAGCUUAAGCGAGCGAGUGAUCGCCUGAUGUGUAGUCAAGUGGUGGAAUUUCAGUCUGAACUAAGUACGCACCGUGAUAGGUUUGAGAGUCAGUCUGGUUUGUUUUUGCGUAAAAUAAUCAAAUCACACUUGCAAUAAAAUGCAAUUCGUAGCAUCUGAGCAUCCCCAUCGACGAUUCAACCCAUUAACUGGUCAUUGGGUGCUGGUGAGUCCACAUCGCAUGCUGAGACCAUGGACUGGGCAACAGGAGGCGCCACUGAAAAGCAACAUACCCGAUUUUGAUCCCACUAACCCACUUAGUCCAGGUGUGGCGCGACCAAAUGGAACCGUGAAUCCGGUGUAUACAGGAACAUUUGUUUUUACAAAUGAUUUUCCGGCUUUGAUGGAGAACAAUCCGGUACCACCACUGUCAGAUGAUCCCCUAUUUCAAGUGUCGGAGGCUAGAGGUACUUGCCGAGUUAUGUGCUUCCAUCCCAAAUCGAAUGUAACACUACCACAGAUGACCGUCGCGGAAAUAACUGCCGUUAUAGAUGAAUGGAUCAAGCAGUUCAAUGAAUUAAGUAAAAAAUUUCUCUGGGUACAGGUGUUUGAGAACAAGGGUGCUGCUAUGGGUUGUUCGAAUCCACAUCCACACUGCCAAAUAUGGUGCUGCUCAUUUCUGCCCACCGAGCCACAAAUUAAAGACGAACGUUUGCGCAAUUACUACACCAAGAACGGCCGGCCAUUGCUGGCAGAUUAUGUGAAACGUGAGCUAGAACGUAAGGAGCGUAUUGUUGUCGAAAAUCAAGAUUGGUUAGUUGUGGUACCUUUCUGGGCUGCUUGGCCCUUUGAGACUCUACUUAUAUCAAGAAAUGACAACAAACGCAUAAGCGAUGUAACUGCAACGCAGCGAGAGAAUUUGGCGAAAGUUAUGAAGGAAUUAACAACCAAAUAUGAUAACUUAUUCCAGUGCUCCUUCCCAUAUUCAAUGGGUUUUCAUGGAGCACCAACUGGUGAAGCCAGCGGCGCUGACACAUCUCAUUGGACACUUCACGCACUUUACUACCCCCCUCUAUUGCGGUCUGCCUCUGUGCGUAAAUUCAUGGUUGGAUUUGAGUUAUUAAAUGAGGCGCAACGCGAUUUGACACCAGAGCAAGCAGCUCAACGUCUACGCGAAAUUGAUGGCGUUCGACAUUACUCGGAAAAUUAAUCAAAGAAAUAAAAGUGUAUAAAUAGAUACAUAUAUGUAUAUAAUGGGGAACGAAUGUCAACAAAUUACCCAAUUUAUAGGAACGUCACAUAUCACUUAACAUAUGUAUACUAUAAAAUGAAAAUCCUUAAAGCUAAAGGGUUUAGAAAAUUGUAGAUAAAUAGCGAGAAAAAGUUAAAUGUAUCAAUGCUCUAUGAUUGAACCAAAGAAAAAAAUAGUAAAAGUAAUUGAUUGGCAAUUUGUUAAUAUAAUGAAUAUUUAUUGUUACAUACAUAGAAAGCACAUAUGCACAUCAAUAUGCGUGUAUAAUGUAAAUUUAAUUUAACCUACUAUCUAAAAGUCUGUCUUUGCUAUGAAUAUAUUAUUGAAAACAUUAUUUGCACAACUCUGUUCUUGUAUUACUUGCUAAUCACGUAGACACCUAUUGCUAUAACAAUAAUCGCCGCAACUUCUAUAAUACAUUAAUAACAUUACAAUGAACACCUUUACUAACAAAGCUA